AGGGUGAAGCAGCGGCGCUUUCGGCGACUUUCGCGGUCGCCAGGCAGGAGUUUCCCUCGGUGACUGCUUAUCGCUGUCAUGUCUGGUCGUGGCAAGCAAGGAGGCAAGGCCCGCGCCAAGGCCAAGUCGCGCUCGUCCCGCGCUGGCCUCCAGUUCCCGGUAGGGCGAGUGCACCGCUUGCUGCGCAAAGGCAACUACGCGGAGCGAGUGGGGGCCGGCGCGCCCGUCUACAUGGCGGCGGUCCUCGAGUACCUGACCGCCGAGAUCCUUGAGCUGGCGGGUAACGCGGCUCGGGACAACAAGAAGACGCGCAUUAUUCCUCGUCACCUCCAGCUGGCCAUUCGCAACGACGAGGAACUGAACAAGCUGCUGGGCAAAGUCACCAUCGCCCAGGGCGGCGUCUUGCCUAACAUCCAGGCCGUGCUGCUCCCUAAGAAGACGGAGAGUCACCACAAGGCAAAGGGCAAGUGAGGCUGACGUCCGGCCCAAGUGGGCCCAGCCCAGCCCAGCCCGGCCCGCGUCUCGAAGGGGCACCUGUAAACUCAAAAGGCUCUUUUCAGAGCCACCCACGUUUUCAAAUAAAAGAGUUGUUAAUGCCGGC